CAUGUUUUGGAGUCUGUGGUAUUCAGCACCAAAGCAGAUCAUUUCAAUUGCACUGAAAUGAAAGGAGGUUGUAGAUUUUGGUGUAAUUUCAUAUUGUCGCUGUCGGGCAGAAUUCUUGCAUCUCCAAAAUCACUACUUUUCAGGAGAUUGCAUCGUUCACAGUUGGUGUUAUAGGUUAUAUUGCUAUAAUAUACCAUUACAUACUCACAUUACCACAACACCACCCCAAAGUCAUGUUCAAUUGUUAAUUUACUGUGACAAGAAAACAGGCAAAUAUAUGACGCUGUCAUUGAUUGUAAUGGUAGGGCAUGCCACCAGCACCUACUGUUCACAUCAAAGUCUGUGCUCACACUGACCCCGACAGGACAAAAAAAGUCUUUAAUACUUCACAAAAGCAAACAAGUGUAUAGUCACAGCAUCUUCCUAACGUUUUCUUAGCCCAUAGACCCAUGAAUGAUGUAGUAAAUAAAACGAUGAGAUGACUUAACAGGAUACGAAAUGGAAGAGAAUUUGUAGGCAUGACUCAGAGGGAAAUUGAAAUCAUGUCUUGUUUUCCUGCUAUUUACAGAGAGGCAGUUUGACACUUCUCCUCUGUGGGGAGUUUGGUCUUGUCUGGGCUCUGGAGCAGGUUUUCCAGCAUGGUUUUAAAUCACCUCGACUCUUUAAAAAUGUCUUCAUCUGGGACUUCUUGGAAAAGGCACAAGUGUACUUUGAAAGCGCUGAGCAACGGGAGGUGAAUCCGGAUGAGAAUUGGCAAAGCCGAGUGCAGCACUUCUGCCGCUUCAUGCGCGCCAUCAACAACACGUCAAGAAACAUUGGCAAGGACGGAAAGUUUCAGAUGCUCAUUUGUCUGGGUGCAAGGGACCAUUUGCUACAUCACUGGAUCGCCCUUCUCGCAGACUGUCCAAUCACGGCGCAAAUGUACGAAGACGCCGCGCUGAUCAAGGACCGCUCGCUGGUGAACUCUCUGAUUCGAGUUCUUCAGACUCUGCAGGAGUUCAACAUCACCCUGGAGGCAUCGCUCAUUAAAGGUGUCGGGAUUUAAACCAAACCAGCUUCCCGCUGGUUGCACCAAUCCAGUGAACCUUU